AUGGUGUCAGAACUUCUUCAGUGGCAUGAUAAGCAGGGUGUGUCUGGACCUCAGUGCUCUAACCCAGCCAUGAGCAUCAUCGGGGCUGAGGAUGAGGAUUUUGAAAACGAUCUGAAUGAGUACGUGGAAGACCGGUCCAACACCUUUAACCACAUAGAGCAGUUGAAGAGUCGGCCGACCCACCUGCUGGUUUUCCUGCAACAUGUCAUUCUGCAGUUUGACCCUGCUCCCCUGCUCUGUUACCUCCAUGCUGAGCUCUUCAAAAACCUCAGUGCCAAAGAGACCAAAAAGCAGUUUGGGGAUUUUUACACAACCUUCUUGGACAAGGGUGCAGUUCUGAAAGUGGCAGUACCAGCUCACGUAAACUCUGAGUUGGAUCGAUCCCGUCUAGAUGUGCUCACAGAUGAUAUCCAAAAGCGCUUUGUUCAGGACAUUCAGAGCGUCCAAGUUGCUGAAGUGGCCAAACAGUUGGAGGAUUUCAGGCAAAAGAGGAUGAUGGGUAUGACCCUCAGUGAGGCUGAGCUAAAUGACGUGGACAGCCACUAUCCCACCGACCGUGUCCCAACGGAUAUGAAGGAGAAGUCUGUUGCUGAGAACCUCCUAGAGAAGAUGUCUGAGACACAAUCAACAGGUGCCUUUGAUGAGGAUAAAUGCCAAACCAUCUUUAAUGCUGUGGUCUUGUACAUGAAACACCUCGGGGUUAAAAACAAGGCAGCUGACAGUAAGAAGUCCAAAGGAGGUUUCUUCACUAGAAAGACUAAGCCCAAGAGUAAGGAUGAUAUCCCAAAGGCCAAAAGCUCAAGAGUGUUUCCUGUUUUACCAAACUGGAUGGUUACAGUUGAGUCCAAAAUUAAAGUGGAUGAAGCAGACAGGGAUAGAGGGUCAGUCGAUCGCAAAGGUCCUGGUGCUAAAACCACCCCGAAUGACUCUGGAGUUCCCACUAUAUCGUUGAACAAGAAGCAGAGUCUAGUCCCUCCUGUGCAACCUGCGGUAGAUGUUGAUUCCCCAAGCAACAACGCCACCAGCACGACUACCAUAGAGGCACACAGUGAUGCUGUCCCAAGCAAUCGUUUAGAGCUUCCAACUCUGCAAGAUGACUUGCCCUCUGGGCCUGCAGGUGGGCUGAUCGAGCCCAUCUCGCCCAUCUCACCCAGUGACAUCCCGCCUGAGGAGCCUGUGGAGAAAGAAAGACGGAAGACAAGUAGGAAAGUGGCACGCAGUGAAAGUGCCCGAGUGGACCGACAGUCAUCACGGCGGCGUGGCUCUUCUCGGGCCAAACAGUCUCGCUCCCGUAGCGAUGUGGACCUGCAGCCACCCUCUUCCACGACAACAACACCUGCCCCGCUCACCCCCCAACACCUCCAUCCCCCAGAAGGACUAAGUUUUGCUCCAGAGCCUGGCCACUCCCCCACCAGCCCUUUCCCACAGGUGGAGGAGGUGGAUCCGCGGCUGCAGGAGUUUGAGUCUGAUCCACCCAACUGGAGGGAGCUGGCCUCUCCUGAGGCUCUGUCUAGACUGACCAAGAAGGAGACCAAAAUGCAGGAAGUCAUAAAUGAGUUGUUUACAACAGAGCACGCACAUGUGCGAAUGCUGAGUGUCCUUCAGGUGAUCUUUGUCAGACCAUUGGAGAGAGAGGAGCUUCUGACCUCAACUGAGCUGGCCGCCGUCUUCCCCAACCUUGAUGAGAUCACUGAAAUGCACAGUAACUUCUAUGAGAGCCUUAAGAAACAGCGUUUGGAUAACAACUUCAUAGUUAAAUCCAUCAGCACCACAGUGCUCAACAGAUUUGGUGGUACAGAGGGGGAGUGGUUCCAGAAACUGACAGCAAGGUUCUGCAGCCACCAGUCAUGGGCCCUGGACCAGAUCAAGACCAGGCAGAAGCGAGAUCCACGCUUCAACAUUUUCAUACAGGAGGCGGAGAGUAAGCCCCAGUGCCGUAGGCUGCAGCUCAAGGACAUCAUUCCCAUAGAGAUGCAGAGGCUGACCAAGUACCCACUGCUGCUGGAGAAUAUCGCAAAGAACACAGAGGAUCUAACGGAGAAGGCAGCAAUUGAGAAGAGUGCAGAGUGUUGCAGAAAGAUCCUCAACCACGUCAAUGAGGAAGUCAAAGUGAUGGAAAACCUGUUGACUCUGAGGGAAUACCAGCGCAAAUUAGACACAUCAGGACUAAAACCCAGUAAUGAGCUCUAUAGUGAAUAUAGGAACAUUGACUUGACUCAGAAGAAGAUGCUUUAUGAAGGCCCACUGAUAUGGAAAGUCACCAAAGAAAAGGCCGUUGAGGUGCAAUGUGUGUUGCUUGCGGACUUACUGGUGCUCCUCCAGAAGCAGGAUGACAAGAUGGUCGUCAAAUGCCACAGUAAGAGUAACAUCGCUGCACAGGACGGCAAGCUGAUGCUGAGCCCAAUUAUUAAGCUGGACUCAGUCUUUCUCCGUGAUGUGGCCACAGAUCGAAAGGCUUUCUACGUGAUAUUUACCUGGGAAAGCGGCGCUCAGAUUUAUGAACUAGUGGCUCAGUCUGUUGGAGAAGUAAAAAUUUGGACUCAAGUGAUAAAGAAAGCAGUGGAUGACCUGAAGAAGAGUGCCAGCACAACCAAGAAGUUGACGGUGGCUCCUGGAGUUGGAGUUGUAGGACCUCCUUCAUCCCAUCAGGUUGUUCUGAAUCCCCCUAUGAGCCCGAUUGAGAAUGGAGCUUUGAAAAGCAGCAGUGAUCAAGAUAAGGACAACUUGAAAGAUAAAAAGUUGACGGAUCCCAGGCACAGGCUGAUUGAUUUCCUGUCUGACAAAGGGUUUGACUUGAUAGGCCACACCAAAAAUGAUCAGGAGAAAGUGGCUAACAGUGCAUUAGAUGAAGAUGAAAGUCAGACCACGAACGAAGUAGCUGAGGAGACGAACCCCACGAGUACAGACAAAGAAGGUCAAAACCCAAAAGGAGACGAUGAGAGCAUCAGCGCGCCCCUGGUGCUGUCCCAGGAGAGGAAGGAGGAAGUGUGCAGGAGGCUACGCAGCCUGGAGGAACAACUAAAGAGACUACAGUGUGUGUGUGUGUGUGUGUGUGUGUGUGUGUGUGUGUGUCAGGAGGCGGAGAGUAAGCCCCAGUGCCGUAGGCUGCAGCUCAAGGACAUCAUUCCCAUAGAGAUGCAGAGGCUGACCAAGUACCCACUGCUGCUGGAGAAUAUCGCAAAGAACACAGAGGAUCUAACGGAGAAGGCAGCAAUUGAGAAGAGUGCAGAGUGUUGCAGAAAGAUCCUCAACCACGUCAAUGAGGAAGUCAAAGUGAUGGAAAACCUGUUGACUCUGAGGGAAUACCAGCGCAAAUUAGACACAUCAGGACUAAAACCCAGUAAUGAGCUCUAUAGUGAAUAUAGGAACAUUGACUUGACUCAGAAGAAGAUGCUUUAUGAAGGCCCACUGAUAUGGAAAGUCACCAAAGAAAAGGCCGUUGAGGUGCAAUGUGUGUUGCUUGCGGACUUACUGGUGCUCCUCCAGAAGCAGGAUGACAAGAUGGUCGUCAAAUGCCACAGUAAGAGUAACAUCGCUGCACAGGACGGCAAGCUGAUGCUGAGCCCAAUUAUUAAGCUGGACUCAGUCUUUCUCCGUGAUGUGGCCACAGAUCGAAAGGCUUUCUACGUGAUAUUUACCUGGGAAAGCGGCGCUCAGAUUUAUGAACUAGUGGCUCAGUCUGUUGGAGAAGUAAAAAUUUGGACUCAAGUGAUAAAGAAAGCAGUGGAUGACCUGAAGAAGAGUGGCAGCACAACCAAGAAGUUGACGGUGGCUCCUGGAGUUGGAGUUGUAGGACCUCCCUUCAGUCCCAUCAGUCUGAAUCCCCCUAUGAGCCCGAUUGAGAAUGGAGCUUUGAAAAGCAGCAGUGAUCAAGAUAAGGACAACUUGAAAGAUAAAAAGUUGACGGAUCCCAGGCACAGGCUGAUUGAUUUCCUGUCUGACAAAGGGUUUGACUUGAUAGGCCACACCAAAAAUGAUCAGGAGAAAGUGGCUAACAGUGCAUUAGAUGAAGUCAUGUCCCUGAAAAGGCUCCUGGUCGGCAGCAUCAGUCUAUCAGAGGACUCACAACCUGAUGAAGAACAUGAAGUAGGGCAAUCAAAAGGCCCUGGGCAAGAUGUGGAACAGCAUCAGUUAACAGAUGAAAGUCAGACCACGAACGAAGUAGCUGAGGAGACGAACCCCACGAGUACAGACAAAGAAGGUCAAAACCCAAAAGGAGACGAUGAGAGCAUCAGCGCGCCCCUGGUGCUGUCCCAGGAGAGGAAGGAGGAAGUGUGCAGGAGGCUACGCAGCCUGGAGGAACAACUAAAGAGACUACAGACUGUAGAAGAGGAACACCACAAGCUGCAGGAGGCCCUUUCCAAGUUCUCACUGGAGGGGGACAGCUUCUAGUGACCCACCUUAAUGCCUCCUGCUGGCCAUUAGGUUUUGACUGGUUCUGGUUUGGACUGAGUGACUUUCAGAGGCUUUCCUGGAAAUUCCUAUACCAUCACACGUCUAUGACCGGACCAUCGAUACAUUUCUUUUUCUUCCCCUCUUGCGUGUGUGUGGGUGUGUAUGUCAGCUGUUUGCAGCCAAUCAGAAGUUUUAUUUUUUUAUUUUUUUUUUCUCCUUUUACCAAUUGGCCAUUUAGGGAAGGGCUUUGUGCACAGUGCAGUGGUUCAGUAAUGGAACAUGUGUAUGUGCGCGUGCAUGCUGGAUAGAGGGCUAUACAAAAAAGAAAAAAACAAUCCUAAAUUGGGGUUUGAGGAUGCUGUUAGUGAGAGGUGCUAAAGGAAAUGAAGCAAUAUUUUGCUGUUAGUGAGUUGCUGCCUAAGAAAAUAUAGUGAUUUGAGUCUGCUGUAACACACAUACGCAAACCAGAAACAUGCAUGAUGGAAAAUAAUUUACAGUAAUGCCAAAUUCUAAUGUACAGUAACAGAGAGAGCCUUAAAUGGCCAAUAUAGCAUUAGGUCUAUUGAAAUACUACUACUGAUAUAUAGUGUUAUUUCUAGUCUAUGCCAAAGUAAAACAGAUGCACUUUUAAUCAAAACAAGAUGAACGCACACAGUUAUUGCUAAAUUUGUUACUUUUAGCUCUGUAUUUUGUAUGGUUAUUAAGGCACCCCUCAUUAUUGAAACGAUGCAUGCAAGAAAGUGUGUGUGUAUGUGCGUUACAAAUUUUUUAAUUAAGGAUAUAUUUCUUCAGAUGAUUCUUACUGUAAUUAGGUCACAUAAAAAUCAUUUAUAAAUAGUGGCAGUAUAAGUAAUCUUGCUGUUAAUAGUGGAGAUUUGUUUGUAUGUACCGCUUUUAUUUAUUCCCUUGAGUUCUUGUGUGUCAGUGAGCUUCUUCACCUGAGUGAAGCUGAUACAAUGCCAGGCCAGAAACAAAAAGUGAUGUGCAACUGUCGGACAGGACAGACAAAAACGAAGCUGGCGUGUGUGAAGCAGAUCACAGUGGAAUAGAAAAGUGAAAGAACUGGGAACUGGUUUCAAGGGGGUUGCUUUUUAGAAACCUUUAACUUGAUGGUCAUGAGAGAGUAGAAAGUAGGAGAUUGGGAUUUCCGCCCCUAUAUUAAAUAAAUAAAUAUAUAUAGCGCUCAGUAUUACUACGCUCAUAUCAUUUCAGAAGUUUCAACUUACCUUUAGAGAGGGUUCCCAAAUGCUCGUCCAAAACACUUUAGUUGGGGUUAUACUUUUCAGACGUAUUAUGAGAUCAGAUUGAUUUAGUAUAUUGAAAAUUUGAGCUAAGGUGAUAUUUUAUUGAGCGUUGAGUAUGGUAAUAUAAUUUCUGAUCUGUGGCGUAACUGGGGCUGUGCACACAGGACCAAAGAAGUAACAGCAAACCGCUAGAUCCUCAUUUGUACAACGGCUUUAUUAAUGACGUGCAUCAUCUGUGUAGUAGUGUGUCACAAAAGGUUGAUGCGGGAAUGGUGGCUCAGUAAUGCAGUCUGGAAUCAGCAGCCGCUUUUCUUCACCCCAAACACGAAGGGAUUUUAAAAGCACAUUGAAUAAUAAAAACACUUCUUUCUUUUUUUAAAGUUAAUGUAAAGAAAAUACCAAGAUGAAAAACGUUAGAUUAUUUGGGAUUAGUCAUAAGACAUGAACAAUCUAUAGGACUGGGAAGUUUAAAAUUGAAUGAAAAAGUUGCGCUAUAGAGGAUUAAGAGACGCACCGAACAUGCCCCUGGUACUAAGCUGAACAUAUGGGGCUGAUACUGACACAGCAGCAAUACUGUAGCCAGAUGAGGACACAAAGGAAAUGCUGAAGGUCUGGAGGAAGGAAAACUGUAGAGUCAUUCCUACAGAAGCACGUCAGGAGCACUUCCUGACAUCCAUUCUUAUUGUUGUUGUUGCCACAACAACAAAUGCCACCUUUGAACCUACUGAACCUCACCGGGUUUGCUCAUUUUGAUCACUUAAGUGUUCAUAGGCUUCAAAAACUAUAUAUGAUUCUAGCAUCUCUCUCCACGUAUUGUUCUUUGGAAGUGUAUAUAAAUGUAGUUUGAAGGCAAAAAAAGACAAAGACAAAAAAAUAAUAGCUCCCCUCUGUGUCUUAAGCUCUUUUUUUUUUUUUUUUUUUAAGCUACACACUCUUCUUCAUAACACACUCACACCUUUUAAUUGCGUAAUCACUUGUUUCUACUGCACAGUUUUAUCCUACAUUUUGUGUAUUGAGUCACUUAAGUAGGUUGGGGAGGGAGUAUUUUCCACAGAGGCUUUUGUAAUUUUUUACUAUGCAUUUUCCACAAUGGAGAGGCAGGACUUGCCUGUAACUUGUCUUUGCAUUUUGAUGAUUGUGAAUCAA